AUGGCUCCGCCUGCUCGCCUUAAUCAGCUCCAAAUGGAGCAAGUUAGGAAUAUUGUCGCUGAGGAAUUCAAAAAUGCUUUCAAUGAACUAAUCACGGGCGUGACCAAUGACAUAAUCAACCAGGUCAAAGCUCUUCUGGAUGAGCGCCUCACAGCUAUUCCCAGGGCAGCGUUAUCGGCUCCGCCCGUUCGGGAUUCGGCAUACUACUUCGAGAAGUUCAGCAAGUGUAGCCCUCCGCUUUGGAACGGUGAAUCGGACCCGGUUGCUGAUAAGCACUGGGUGUCAGAUGUUGAGGGCGCCUUCAUGACUGUUGGGUGUCCGGACCAGUACAAAGUUGUGAUCGCCAUGAAUCAGCUGCGAAAAAGGGGAAAGACAUGGUGGAGCACCAUCACCGCUCUAUUAAACGAGGAAGAAGAGUUCCCGACUUUAUCCGCGAUCAUGGAUGCAGCGAGGAGGAGGGAAAUCGAGUUGCAGACCCAGUCCAAGAGGAAGGCCAAUGACACCUCCUCCAAGACAAACGGAGAUGCCCAGAAAAAGAAAAAGCAGGGUGGUAAGUCAAGGUAUGAGUAUAGGCCGUCUUCAGGUCAGGGCGAGAAAAAUCCGUUGAUAUGCUACAACUGUAAAAAGCCAGGGCAUCAUUGGAAGAAUUGUAGGGCUCCCCCUGCGAGUGCAGUUCCUCAGAUUAAUUCUGCUGCUCUCGUCUGCUAUCACUGCAACGAGACGGGACACAAGAAGCCCGAAUGCCCGAAGUUGAAGGCUGGCAAAGGAAGUGGGGGUACAAAUCCUGCAAUUGCAUCGUCUUCUAAGGGACCCACUUUGGUGUCACGAGGUCGUGCUCACCAGAUGACUGCAGAUGAGCCGGUGAUUACCGCGACAGUGCCAGGCACUUAUUUGCUAGAUUCCAUGCCUACUGUUGUUAUGUUUGAUAGCGGUGCUACCCAUUCUUUUGUAUCUGGCACGUUUAUUAAACGUUUGGGAUGUAGUAUUGGAAAAUUGGCUCGCCCAAUGGUUGUCGAAGUUGCCGACAACCGCACUAUUUAUGUCACCGAUGUUUAUCGGGGUUGCACUCUCGAGUUUUCUGGAGUUGAAUUCCCUAUUGAUCUUAUCCCUAUUGCAAUGCGAGAGCUCUGUGUUAUCGUAGGCAUGGAUUGGCUUGAUGCAUUUGAUGCGGAAAUCCACUGUCGUAAGAAGCAAGUUCGUGUUCGAAACCCUAGAGGUGGAGAACUUAUUAUUCAGGGGGACAUUCCCCGCCUGGCUAUGGCUUCUUGCUCUUCUGCUAUAGCACUAGAUGACGUUCCUAUUGUUUCCGACUUCAGCGAUCUAUCACUCGAGCAUUAA